GUACCAUAGGUAUAAAAAUGUACCUAGCGGCCAGGGCAUACGGUUCAAAAUCACUAGGAAUAAUUCCGUGUCGCUUGCUCAUUUAUUUUGCGUAGAUCGGUCUGUCUCGCUCGCUCGGUUCCGUUCGUGUAUUAAGCAACAUUACACGACAAAAAAAGAAACAUGUUGGGUGAUAGUGUCAUGUUUGUUUCCUUCGCGUAAUGUGUGAUGUUGCAUUACAUCUUAGAGUAAUAUUACCGGAGUAAUAUCACUCGCAUUACUUACACAUGUCUAGAAUGCAGCGAAAACUUUGCAUAAUCAUUCGCAAAUGUCGUCCUACACUUGCGGGUUUGCGUAUUCGUGCGCAUGUGAGUGACCGGUGUUAAACAUUGACAUUAAUACCUAGUCGACAAAUGAAGUAUCGAUUCUAGCCCUACUGUUUUCAUUUAGUUGAGUACGAAAUCCGGAUACCUACAUAUAAGAUUAUUGCGAUUUACAAAUUUUUAGUUAAUUAUGUGAACUUGACAACGUUGUCGUGUAGUCGUUAUUAUUCUCUCUUUCAUUGUUAUUCGUUAUAAAACCUAUUUAAUAAAUUUCUGUAAUACCUAAUAUGUAGUUCGAAAUCUAUCGGACUGUGAGUAAACACAUCGUUUAAUUAAUAAAAAAUAUUUGGCUUAUUAUGUACACACGUCCAUUGAAUAAAAUUAUUUCGCAAAACAACUAUUUGGCCACUUAUAAAUUCAAUCAAAAAUAUGGAAAGUAACUCGUUUAAUGAAACGAUCGGUAUAUGGAUAUCCGACAAAAAGAGCCAAAAACUUAAUUGGAAAGAAUUAAUUAAUACAUGCGCUGCGUUUAACUAUAAUGUUGUCAAGUUGGAUUUAGAUCAAUCUUUAGAUGACCAAGCACGAAUAGACGUGUUCCUUCACAAACUCACUGAUAUUAUAGCAGCUGCUGAUCAAGGGGAUCCAAAAGCAUCGAUAAUAAUCAACCGAGUGGAACAGUUUUUAUCAAAUCAUCCAGAAAUCGUUGUCAUCGAUCCCUUAGAAAGUGUCAGGAUUUUACUGAAUAGAAAUUGUUACUAUUCGAUACUCCAGGAUGAAACGUCUUUCUCAAACCAAGGGAUAUUCACACCUAAUUUUGCAGAGUUCACGUAUAAUGUAAUAGAAAGGAAUAUUGAAAUAAUGAAACAGAGAGGCGUCACAUUUCCAUUAGUUUGCAAACCUACAUUAGCGCACGGUUCGAAGUCUGCACAUGAAAUGGUAAUAAUAUUUAAUGAAAAGGAUCUUGGUGCUUGCAAACCGCCAUGUGUUGUGCAAAGUUUUGUGAACCACAAUGCUGUCCUCCAUAAAGUAUUUUUAGUAGGAGAUCGAUACCACAUCUGUGAGCGGCCAAGCAUUAAAAAUUUUACAUCAUCCGAAAAUUUGGAUCCAAUAUAUUACAGUACCGGGGAGGUAUGCAAAGCGGAUAGUCAGUCCACGCUCUCUAUUCUAGACCCACACGACAACGCUGAUAUCACGUUGACAGUUAAUGAGGAGAAGAUAAAAAGCAUUAUUCGAGUACUGAGAAAAAAGAUCGGCUUACUGUUAGCCGGGUUCGACGUUGUCAUAGACAACGCGACGGGUAAUCAUGCAGUUAUCGAUAUUAAUGUAUUCCCUAGUUACGAUAAUUUCCCUAAUUUCUUUGAACAUUUAUUAGACUCGAUUAAUAACAUUCGAAAGGCUAAUGGACAUAUAAAUGGUGAUUGUAAUGGUAUAAGUGACUUAACAAAUCGACUAAAUGGUUUGUACAAUGUCGGAAGGGAUCCUGUUAAAUAUGGAGUCAAAGGAAUGAAUGUCGAUUAAAUGAAUAGUAUAAGAAAUUUAAAGUGUUUAAAUAUUGAUUUUGAAUAUUCUUGCUCAGCAUAGACAGACAUUGGCCACUUGUUUAAAUGUCUUGAUAAUAGUUCGACUGAUAUUCUCACCGUUUUAUCAGGUCAUCAAUUGGAUAUUUAAAGCUGGUAGGCGUACGAAGUGCUAUCCCCAUAACAUAACCACAUAUAUUGUCUACAGAUUUUGAAAUAUUAUAACAGUUUAAGAAAAUCUUGGUUUAAUUUCUACUAGUGCAAAAAAGCUUGUAAUAAGACAAUUUUUUGUAUUUUACAAACAAGGGAAUGCAAAUUGUCUUAUUGUAAAAAUUGUGUAUUUUUAGUGUGCAAAAAAUAUUCACUCAUCUGUGUGCUUAGUGCGAGUUUCUUAACAUCUAUAGCGUAAAAGAAGAUAGCCUAAUUUUGUAUGCAGUGGGAACAGCGCCCCUAGCGGCAAAAGUAGGCCAACGAUGCCAUUCCAUACAAAUAUGAGCUAACUUUUACGCUAUCGAGAACGUUAAAAAACUCGCACUAAGCACACUGAUCACAUUGUUAAAAGUAAACGUAAUUAUUUAAAUGUAAGGGAUAGGAUUUGGUUCGACACCUUUCAGUCAGCAAUUAUAUUUUAUAAGGAAUAAUUUGGUAAGGAUGUUGAGUAUGGACCAAUUAGCACAUUUGCAAUGUACCUCCACUAUUGAUAUUUAUUUGUAUGUAUUUAAAUAUAUUUUUUUUUGUUUUUUUUUGUUUUUGUGGUACAGGACUUUCAAGUCGUGCGUUUCAUAUGAAUCAAAUAUAAAUCGAAAUCGUUUUUAAACAAAGUCAUUUAAAAUGAACUAUCACUAGAUAAUAACGUCUGACCCAAUAAAAUCGCGAUCGAGAAAUUAUAUGAAAGGUAUAUGUAUACUCCAGAAUUCACACAAUUAAAUAAAAAAUGGAAGUCCGGUGAGGUCAUUGCCCUCGUAAGACCCGCCAUCAGUGCUUAGUGCGAGUUUUUUAACGUUCUCGAUAAAAUAAAAGUUAAGUCAAAUUUGUAUGAAGUUGGAACGUUUACCUAUGUUUGCCGCUAGGGGCACUGUUCCAGCUGCAUACAAAUUUGAGUUAACUUUUACGCUAUCGAGAACGUUAAAAAACUCGCAUUAUUUUGUGUACAGAUGACAUUUUAAGAAAUAUGAAAGGAUUAAUACCAUCAAGCAGGUUUUAAAUUUUUAGGGCAAUGGUUUCACAUUUUGUAUGCCAUUGAUAGCGUAAUCACAUUGAAAAGUGACGACAUUUUCACUUAAUUAUUUAAAAAAUGUCUGGCGUGAAUAUUUGAAGGAUUAUUGGAAUGAGUUUCUGAAAUAAUUAAAAAUAAUAAUAAGAGAUAAAAUGAGAUGAAACAAAGGCUCAGUAAAAUUAUGGUUAUAAACAUUUUGGAAGAACCUCAGAAGCCACGUCCGGGGUUUUGUUUUAUUUUCACAAGUUUGUGCACCCUUAUAGAUGCUCAACAGUUAAUAAACUACUGUUGUAUUUUUUUUAUUGCUUAGAUGGGUGGACGAGCUCACGGCCCACCUGAUGUUAAGUGGUUACCGGAGCCCAUAGACAUCUACAACGGAAAUGCCGCCACCCACCUGAGAUAUGAGUUCUAAGGUCUCAGUAUAGUUCAAGUUACAGAUUCAGAAUGAUAUAAUAUGUUUUUGAUCAUUUCUUUUAUCGGACUCAAGAAAUCGGACACCCAAAACAAAUAUCACACCAAUAAAAUCUCAGUUAUUCACAUCACAUUGAGAGCAAUACCGGGUAUAUAGAUUAAGAAAAAAAAGUUCAAUAAGAAAUUUCAAAUUUACAUCUGACUUGACUCUGAUAUUAACAUUAUAAUAAUAUGUGGUAUAGUUUAUUUUACUACAGGGAACAAUGUCGCUCAUAAACUUUAAUAUCGACAGAAGUCAAUAGCCACUGUAGCCUUGUGUAAUAAAAAUAUAUAUUUUGGCUACAGGUCUUAAAUUCUGCCAUGAAUUUUCAAUCGAUUUCGAUAAGCCUUCACUAAAACUGGAAUAUUGAUCGAGCAGUAUUAAUGACUCAUUUAUUUUAUGAUUUUAAACUAAUUUACAAAAAGUGGCUUUCUUAAAUAAUGUAAACCAUAUAUGACGUAGAAUCAUGUUGUGGGUAGUUGAAAAUUUGUGUUCGUUCUUUUUGAAAUAAUGUUUGCAUUGAAGUUUUUCCCCACUGACCGAUAGAUGUCACUAUAAAGAAGGGCAGAUGAGAUGAGCUCACGGUUUACUGAUGUGAAACAGUUAACACUGCCGCCUGAUUUGAGACAUCUAAAUGAAGUUUCUAUAUUUAUCAGAAUAUCGAUGCUGAUAGUGCUCGCGAAACUUCUAUAAAUAUGAAAGUAGAACGAUCAUACUAAACCGUCCGGACUGAAAUUCCCAAGUCAUUUAGUCGUCUCAGUAUCGAUUUUAGGAAAACCAUAAAAGUUGAAGCAUAGAUGUAUUUCAAUUUGAUUCAUUAAUUAUUAUUGACGAAUUAGAUUUGUAUCGGCAGCUAUCUAACUAUAAUUAGAGCUUUAAAAUGCUCUUCUGAAAUUGAUCAUUCAUUGAUUCAACAUGCUUUUUGUGGUGAUGCGAAUAACGAUAUGAUAAAAUUAGAAAAGAAAAUAAUGUAUCUUAAAUAACAAAUAUUUAUUAAUAAAUAUCGCCCAGGAACAACUGAUGUUUAAAAUAUCAUGAUAAUAUUUAAAAUUAUAGGAACAACCUAAGUUCAAAAUAUCAUGAUAAUAUUCGAUAUUAUUAGCCAUUAUAAAUGGAUGCUAGAACGUACUUUAAAUCUUAUAUAUUUCUUGUAACAAUUCCAAUAUAUUGCUAAUUACCUGAAAUCAUCAAUAUACUUCGAUUAGAAUCGUCCAUGUUUGCAGACUUACCUCUAUAUCUAAUAUAAGUUACUUUUAGAUAUGUUUUGUAAAAUGUCUUUUCUUCUUUUUAUUUUGAUACAUCACAAUAUUUCCAGCUUAUUUGGAUCGUAUACGCAGAUUUAUGAGUUUAAGAAACAUGUAAAAAUAAUAUUAGUAAUUUUAAUAUUCUUGUGGUUCAUUGUGAAAUGCUGUAUGUAAUGUCGGUGUGGUGCGAGUACUACUGAACUUUAUUUUUGUCAAGAAUUCAUUAAUAAAGAAAGCCAUUUAGAUUAUGUUAUUGAUUCUACAGUAGGUAUUGGCACGCAUGCCUCUCGUUUCAGAAAUUAUUAAUAAACUAUUAUUGAACUAAUUAACUUAGGUACUUACGUAUUAACGCCACCGCAGCAAAAAAUCACUCUUGUAGUACUAAAAAUUGGGCCAAAAAGAAGCAAAUAGCAAGACAAUAAGGACACUAAAGUUCUCUUCUUGUGUGUACAAACAACAAGGCGACUAUAGAUAAAAAAUAAGAUGGCUUUUUAUUAGUUCAUUAUUUGAAUUUUUGCUGCGGUGGCGUUAAUAGGUAAGUACCUUAACUUAAAACAACAGGCCCGUUAACUUUGUUUUGGUACUUACAAUGUUAUUGGUGACGGUUGUUAGAAUAGAUUUACGAUGGUUGUUAUAUUCUGGUCUCAGUCUUCAGUUUAUGCCGUGAUAUGUUGAUGUAACUCAGAUUGGGCAUAGUAUGACUAAAGCCUAAAUCUGUGUAAUAUUGUAUGCAGUACAAAAACACAUAAAUUAACAUUGUCUUCUAAAAGUAUUUUUAGAAUAUGUAUUAAAAUGAUAAAUACUUUCUAAGACUGAUAUCUAUUAUUAAGUACUUAUAUUACUCGUAAAAGAAUAACUGAGGAAUUGAAUAUGAAACUAAAAUGUAUUUAUUUCCUAUCGACUUUUGAAUAGGAAAUUCCGAAUGUACCUACCUAAUUGAGUUAUUUUAUUAAACAAUCUGGGGUAUAUUUGUAUAUUUUUGAGUAUUAUUGAUUGUGCUUUUCAUUUUUAGAUUGUUCUAUUGAGAACCUUCAGGUUAUUGUAGAAGCUAGUAGGCAUAGCGGAAAUAAUGUUUAAUGAUGUUUUUGUAUUUAUGAUUAAGUGAAUUAAAUGCCAACUUAAACAGGUGUCUGGAACUGCAAUAAAACUUUUAUUAAUGAAAUAUAAAUCCUAAAUAAUA